AUGCUUCUGUCAAUCGCAAAGCCUUUCAUGAACCUAAAACUGCGUGCGAAAGUCAAGCAUGUUGAUCCUACAGUCCCGUCUAUCACAUUGGAAUCAGGAGAAACGUUCUCAGGCGACAUCAUAAUUGGGGCUGAUGGAAUUCACUCCAUCGUUCGCGAGACUGUGGUCGGGGAUAAGGAUAUUCCAUUAUCUGUUCCACUUGGGGAUGUUGCACUCAGAGCUAUUAUACCUACCAAGCCUAUGCUACGCGAUCCUGAGCUCCGAGAUUUGGUCCAAAAUCCUCGUCUAACAUGUUGGAUGGGCCCAUUAAGACACGCAGUGGGGUAUUGCGUUGUUCGUAUCCCUCCAACCCCCCUGUUCCUGACGCGAAGUGUUACUAGAGCGGAAGAACCGAGUAUAACAUGGUGA